AUGGGUCUCAAGGUUUACCAUGAUUCGAUCUGUGUGAUGCAAGUUGUGCCAUUUUCUUCCCAUGCUUGGUAUGUGAUCUCAGAGUGUUCACAUGAAGCACAAGAGAUUGGAUUGCAGCCAAGGAUGACUUGCCGGUAUUUACAGUACUCUUGCUUUAUGCAGCUGAGGUUUGCCGGCAAGUUGUCUUUGGCUACAUUUUGCGCUCUUCUUCUCAUGUCAGCCUCUGAGACUUGGGAUUGUUUUAGUUCUAUCAGGGGAGAGUGGAAGCGUAAAUACUCUUUAAUUACUUGA